UAGUGCUGAUGUGUUCCUCGAAAUAUCCUGCAGUCCCACUUUAAAAGCCUAGGUUAGUUCAGUCCUUGAGGAGAUAAGGAAGGGAUGAAUCAUAAAUCACCCACCAGGAUAUUCCACCUUUGUUUAGCCUCGAACCUUUGCCAGAUCGCCCUUUCCUUGGGCCCCUUGUUUGUUCUGCCGGCGCAGUAAUCACAGCAAUGUCUUCACCAAAGCUCACAAUCCUCUUCCUGCACGGCGCCUACCACCCGCCGGCAUGCUAUGCUGCCCUGACGGCGCAGCUUGAGGCAGUGGGACUCGAGGUCGUGGCUCCCCGUCUCGCAUCGCUGGGCGCAGACGCCAGGGGGACACUGGAGGACGACCUGGCCGUCGUCCGCACGGCGGCGCAGGGGCUCUUCGACUCCGGCAAGAACGUCGUCAUCGUGGCGCAUUCCUACGGUGGCUUCGUGGCCAUGAAUGUGGCCGGCUCCUUGACCGCCGCGGCGGCGGCGCGCGAGGAGAAGGGCGGCCUCGUGUCCAUCGUCUAUAUCAGUGGCUUGCUCGUGAGCAAGGGUAGCAUUGCCCUCGUGGGUUGCAAUCCGAAGCUGGUAGGAGAGGGCGAGCCCGACCUGGCCGAGGUCUUCGAUGUUCAGAUCAAAGAUGGACUGCCCGUAGCCACGUUGAAGGAUAACGAGAGGACGAGGUACUACUACCAUGAGCCCGCGCCCGCAGAGGAUGUGGAUAGGAUCGUCGCUCUGCUGGAACCGCAGUGUGCGGCGGUCUUCUAUAUACCGUCGCCGGUCGGGCCGUCCGAUGUCCGCGUGCGUCAGACGUAUAUCAGCCCUGAAGAAGAUCAUGCGGUGCUGCCGGAGGCCCAGGAGCGCGCUGUGGCAGAGGGGAAUAUGAAGGUAGUCAAAAUACCAGGUUGCGGACAUGCACCUUUCCUCAAUAAUCCCCAGGAAGUCGCGGGCAUCAUAAUUGAAACAAUAGGGUGGGAAUAGCAAACACGGGGUGAGUCCAGGGGUAGCAUGAUGCUAUAAUUGAGGUUGGAGGGUUUGUUGUGGCAAUAUAGUAAGGUCUUUCAUCCAGCCAGGAAUCUUAACCUAUGACUGGUAGGACAGUAUCAGACACGAAAGCAUACCGUUUGGCUUGGAGGUAAAUGGGAUUGAGCGUUUCUUUGCAUGAACAACUGUCUAGUAAUAAUCACUUGCUAUAAUCCUGAAACACACUAAAUUGACAUUAGUCCUG